UAACAUGCAGCACGACAUCGCUGGUGUCCCGCGUGCGCACAGGAAGUGACAGUCCUUCCUCCAGCUCUACACGCGCUUGGACUCUCGUGCUUUACGUCAGACGGCUAGCGAGCUGAGCAGAGCACACACCCACGAACACACGCCUCCAACCGCAAACGACCACGCGAGACGCGCUCGGUCGGGAGGACCAACCUCCAGCAACUCGUUGCUGGCCUCCGUCUCGAGUCGACGGACGAGUCGGGCGCUUGUUCCCAGUGUCCGAGCCUGGAGUGAGCAGGGCGGGGAGGGGGGAAAAGAGGAAGAAGAGGGAGCAUUUGGACGUUUGUGUGGAGGAUAAAGAAAAGAAGCGCGAGAAGAGUUUGUUUCCACGCUCGGUGCUGCCGCGAGGCUGACAGGAGAUGUGCGGCGUAAUCUGGAUGUCCGAGGAGGGAUAAAACUUCAACAUCACCUACUCGGGGUACAAAUGUAAGAAAGGACAUAGAAAGAAUUUCAUACAUUCAUCAUUGGAUUGGAGCUUGCAUCCACCUGAGACCAUUACAAUGGAGUUGCUGUGGAAACUGGCAUUGCUGCUGUCGUUGCUCGACUGCCUGGCAGGUAACAGAUUUUUGCUUAGGCCUGUGUUCACCAAACAACCCGGCAGCGUGGUGUUUCCCCUUCAGCCCGGAGAGAAUCAGAGAGAGGUGGUGUUUAGCUGUGAGGCCCAGGGCCAUCCCCUGCCGUCCUACAGGUGGAGGCUAAAUGACACUUUCAUCAUUCCGACACCAAGGUCACGAUAUUCCCUCAUGGGAGGAAACUUGCAUAUUACCCAACUGAGUAAGGCAGACGAUGCUGGCAUAUUUCAAUGUCUGGCAUCAAACUCAUUUGGCACCAUUGUCAGCAGAGAGGCUAGUCUUCACAUUGCCUACUUGGAGAAUUUCAAGAGUCAAAGAAGAAAUCCAGUGAGGGUCCGUGAAGGUCAAGGCGUGGUCUUACUGUGUGGCACACCCCUCCACUCUGGAGAGCUUACCUUCACAUGGAUCUUCAACGAGUACCCGUCGUUCGUCAUCCAGGACACACGGCGAUUCGUGUCCCAGAAGACAGGCAACCUCUACAUUGCCAAAGUUGAGCCCUCCGACGUGGGCAACUACACUUGUGUAGUCACCAACACAGUCACCAAAAGCAGUGUUCAGGGACCACCUACACCCCUUGUCCUUCGAGUAGACGGUGUAAUGGGUGAAUAUGAGCCAAAGAUUGAGGUACAGUUCCCUGAAGUUGUCCCUGUCGCCAAGAGCUCAACUGUCACGCUGGAAUGUUUUUCACUUGGAAACCCAGUGCCAACCAUCAGCUGGAGGAGAGUCGAUGGAGGCUCUUCUGGAAGAAAAGUGGACAUCAAUAAAGCCAACGGAGUGUUAGAAAUCCCUUACUUUCAGCAGGAGGAUGCAGGGCUGUAUGAAUGUUCGGCUGAAAACAGCAGAGGAAGAAACUCUGUAAAAGGAAAGCUGUCCUUCUAUGCUGCACCUCAUUUGACUGAGAAGCCCCCAGAUGCUCAGAAGACUAUUGAUGACACUCUGGUGUGGGAGUGCAAAGCCAGUGCCAAGCCUAAACCCUCCUACCGUUGGCUGAAGAAUGGAGAGCCCCUGGACCUGAAGGAGGACCGAAUUCAGGUGAAUAACGGAGUGUUGACCAUCAGUAACUUAAAUCUGGCUGACAUUGGAACCUACCAGUGUGUGGCUGAGAACAAGCAUGGGAGAGUCUUCACCAAUGCUGAGCUUCGAGUCAUAGCCAUCGCCCCAGACUUCGCACAGAAUUUGUUGAAGGCCCAAACUCUGGCCCGACAGAGCGGUGAUGUCCUGAUUGAAUGCAAGCCCAGGAUGUCUCCCUGGGGUGUGAUUUCAUGGAAGAAAGGAAAAGAAGCCUUAAGAGAGAGCCACAGAGUUACUGUCUUGGAUAAUGGGAACCUUCGUAUUUCCAAUGUGUCGAAAAUUGAUGCUGGUCUGUACACAUGCGUAGCCAGAAACCAGUUUGGCGUCGCCAGCAGCGCCGGCAGCCUUUUGGUUAAAGAGCCAACAGUGAUCACAAGCCCAGCUGGUCAUCUGGACGUGACGGUGGGGGAAAGCAUUGUGCUGCCAUGCCAGGUGUAUCAUGACCCCACACUGGAUCUCAAGUUCACAUGGUUCUUCAACGAGCAGCUCAUCCACUUUGGCAGUGCUGGGGCUUAUUUUGAAAGAGUUGGGGGUCGCUCUGCCGGGGACAUAAUGAUCCGGAAUAUUCAGCUGAGGCAUGCUGGGAAAUAUACAUGUGCAGUUCAGACCAAGGUGGACAGUGUGUCUAUUGCCACUGAUGUAGUGGUUCGAGGUCCUCCAGGCCCCCCUGUGGACUGUCAAGUGAGUGAGAUGACAGAGACCACAGCACUUUUGACCUGGGGACCUGGAAUGGACAACCACAGCCCCAUUCUAAGCUAUACCAUCCAGGCCAGGUCGCCCUUCUCUCUUGGGUGGCAAGCAAUUACCACUGUUCCUGAGCUGCUCGACGGAAAGCAGCUGUCGGCCACUGUAAUUGACUUGAAUCCCUGGGUGGAGUACGAGUUCAGAGUACUGGCAACCAACAGCAUUGGAACAGGAGAGCCCAGCAAAGCCUCUAGAAAGGCCCGCACCAAGGACACAAUUCCCAGGGUGACUCCGGCUAGAGUGAAUGGCGGUGGUGGUGGACGUUCAGAACUGGUCAUCACUUGGGAGCCUGUUCCAGAGGAGCUCCAGAGCGGCCCCGGUUUUGGCUAUGUGGUGGCCUUCCGCCCACUCGGCGCGCAGGGUUGGAUGCAGGCUGCUGUCACAUCCCCUGACGCCUCCAGAUAUGUCUUCAAGAAUGAGAGCAUCCCCCCUUAUUCAUCUUACCAUAUCAAAGUCGGGGUUUACAACAACAAUGGAGAAGGGCCUUUUAGUCCAGUGGUUACCAUCUACUCAGCAGAGGAAGAGCCCAGCAGAGCACCAGGGAGGUUGAGGGCGAAGAGCGUCUCAGCAUCUACGGUGGAGGUCAGCUGGAAGCCUCUGGCCUGGACCAAUAAUCGCAGACGCAUCUUGGGCUAUGAGUUGCAGUACUGGGGGGUAAAGGAGAAGCAGGAGGCAGCCAGUGUGAUUAGGACGGUGGGGAAUAAGACUUCAGUGCACAUCAGGGAUCUGGAGGGCAGUAGUACCUAUUUGAUAUCCCUACGAGGUUAUAACAGUGCUGGAGUGGGUCCACAGAGCAACAUUGUCAAUGUCACCACCAAGAAACCUCCACCCAGUCAGGCCCCCAACAAAAUCAUGUGGAACACUUCCAACUCCAAGGUCAUCCUGCGCUGGGACCAAGUACACGCUCUGGACAAUGAGUCUGAAGUUACGGGUUACAAGGUGAUGUACAGCCAGGACAAACACAGCCGCCCCAGUGUGGUGGAGACAAACACCACAUCCUUAGAGUUGUCACUGCCGGUCAACGAGGACUACGUCAUCCAGAUUAAACCUUUCAGCGAAGGCGGGGAGGGCAUCAGCAGUCAGCAGAUUACAAUCCCCAAAAUAGCAGGCUCCAUCGCCACGGGGGCCUCAGUGUCUUCAUCACUUCCUGUGGCCAACCUUGCCGUGCUCAUCCUCACAGCCAGGACCGUGCUAUGACCAACGUUUGCAGGAAGUCAGCGCUGCAGUCUAACAUCAAGAGAAUGAGCAGGGCAAAGGCGAGAGGCCAGGGAUCCUUGUCUUCAUUUUCACCUGCUUCCCACCUGGCUGUGGCAUUUGUUCUCUUCUAGCUGCGAAGAUUGCCUCGUGAAGAAAGCACUUCAUCCCUUGUUAAGAAGUUAUUUAAAGGAACUGGUCCUUUAAGAAGUGGCGCUUAUGUGACAGGAAUUGACCUGCAGUCUUUCUGGAUGUUUUUUUUUGUUGUUGUUGUUGUUUCCGCACUUCUAAUAUAUGGAUAGUGUCAUGGAUUGGAGGUUGUGUACUCGUGGACUUUUCCCAAAUUUUCCUUCUGCCGUAUGGGGACAAGAAGCGCUUUUAUAAGAAAUGCAGAAACAAGUGACGUUCUAGUUAAGCGCUGUUGAAGACAAAAUUCCUCUUGCUCCAUGUAGACUGUGUGUUGGAACACACACAAAAAAAAAAGAAUAGUUGCUGAUUCCGGGCGAAACAAGUGAGCCUAUUGCUUUGCUUUGCGAUUAACUCCAAUUUGGGACCUCUGUGACUUUACCUGGAUCUUAUUGAUGCUUUUAUGUUUUCAGUCUGCAUCCCAUCAGCCAUAAAACAGACUGUAACCAAAGUUGUGAUUCAUAGACAUGACAAGGCCAAACCUGCUGAUGUUGUGAGCGCUGGUGAAUCAAUGUCUUACCUUCCUCAUCCAUGUUUCCUCCUCACCAAGUGCAUAAUGGUGGCACGCUGAGAGUUGUACACUCGAUGUAUGGAAUCCUCAGGUCCCAAUUGAGCCUUAAGUCUUCUAAUUAGGAUCUGUGCUGUUGUGAUGAGUCAACAUUUCCGUUCAUUUAUACUCCCUCGUUUUUCCACGUUGUAUGUAUGUUCUGCGUACUUUGGGGUAAUGUGGGCUCAAACAAUACACCUUUCCCCUGUCUUUCAUCGUGAGAAACUGAUCUUUCUGAUUUACUUCGAGAGGAUGGAUUAUUUGUCAUUUGCUGUUAUCGGAUUGGGAUUGGCAAAUUUGCCAGAUGUUUGGAUGGUUCAACAAGCUUUUAAUAAACAUGAUGCCAUUUUC